AUGUCUGUGCAAAGAGUAGUGCAGUCGUCCUUGCGGCGCGUUGCCGCGCAGAACCCGGUUCUGAUCCGGUCGUCCUUCGCAAGAUUUGCAAGCCCUGCAGCGAUUGCACUCGGGCAGUUCAGACCAGCAACAUCUUCCUCCAAACCUUACACUGAAGUGUCUGAUCCGAAGCAGCUCCUUGCCCGACAACGCCUUAACCGCCCUGUCUCGCCACAUCUGGCCAUCUACCGGCCGCAAAUUACCUGGUACCUCUCUGCCCUUAAUCGCAUCACAGGCUCUGUGUUAUCUGGUGGCAUGUAUGUGUUUGCUGCGGCAUACUUGGUAGCCCCUGCGGUUGGCUGGCAUCUGGAGUCGGCGUCUCUCGUUGCCGCAUUUGGUGCCUUGCCGAUUGCAGCAAAAUUCGCUCUGAAAUUUGGCGUUGCCAUGCCCUUUACAUUCCAUUGCCUGAAUGGAGUCAGACAUCUUAUUUGGGAUAUGGGAAAGAAGUUGAAUAAUAAGCAGGUCAUAUCUACAGGCUGGACAGUAGUGGGCCUGAGUGUAGCCAGUGCCUUCGCGUUGGCUCUGAUUUGA